GGGAGGAAGGAAAAGGAGAGAAAGAAAGGCAAGGGAGGGAAGAAUUUGAAAAAAGGGGCUAGAGAGCACAUUUUCAGAAGAAAAUGUUUCGUUAUAACAACAAAAGUAGUGUAACAGAUGGCACCCUGGAAACUACAUGACAGCGGAUUGGAGUGAGCCAGCAUAGCUUGUCAGAUAAACAGCCCAGAUGGAAUAAAGCUGUCACUACCUCACAUUUAUAAGACUUUCACACACACACACACACACACACACACACACACACACACACACACACACACACACACACACACACACACACACACACACACACACACACACACACAAACAGAGAUACAUGAGCACCCCAUGAACGCCGCUGGAGAGCUAUAUAAGAACUCGUCAGGAGGGUCAAACACCCACUACUUUUCUCUGAAGGACUGUGUUACUCUUUCUUUUUUUCACCUACUUACAGUGAAGAAAAAGAUUUUUUACUUGAAGGAUACAUUAAAGUAUAUUUGCCAUAAUCUUUUUUGUUUGUUUUGUAUUUAGCACUUUUUUCUAAUUCUUUUUUUCAUUGAAAUUUAAAAUAACUGACCUUUAUUAAAUGCUGGAAUUUCCAUGAAUCAUGGCAACAUCAGAGGCUUUACAAAUGUUUUUGGGCAAUGACUCAGCUGUGGAUUUAAACAGCAAGACAAUUCAUAGUUUUGACGUUUCACAGAGCAUUAAUGGCUUUAGUGUGACCAUGGCUAUCCUCCAUCUAGCUGUAUGCAUCACGGGACUGGGAGGAAACUCAUUGGUCAUCAUUGCCAUCCUCAAGCUGGACAAAAUGGCAUCUGCCACAACUGUGUACAUUUUCAACCUUGCUUUGGCAGAUGGACUGUUUAUGGUGGGGCUCCCAUUUGUGGCUUUCCAGAACUUCCAGAACCAAUGGAUCUUUGGUGAUUUGGCCUGCAAGCUGGUCAUGGUGCUGGAUGGAAUCAACCAGUUUACCAGCGUGUUCUGCCUUACAGUGAUGAGCGUGGACCGCUACAUGGCACUAGUGGACCCCCUUCGCUUUGCACGCUGGAGAACUCCAAAGCGGGCCAAAAUAAUCUCUGCCUUUCUGUGGCUCCUCUCCUUGAUUCCUGUCUUGCCCAUGGCUCUCCACUUCACUGUGCAGUAUGGCCUUUGUAUGGCUGAUAUGUUUGUGGGCAAAUGGUGGAUGACAUUCCUCACAUACACGUUUGUGCUGGGUUUUGUCCUCCCCUUCCUGGUGAUGAUCAUCUUCUACACAACUCUGGUGAUGACUCUGAGGAGCUCCAGGCAAUAUGACAGAAGUUUUUCCUCCUCAGAGGAGAGCCAGAGAUUGGAGAAGCAGGUUACCAAGAUGGUGGUAGCUGUGGUUGUUGUCUUCGGGAUAUGCUGGCUGCCUUUCUACAUCUUCAACUUCUGUUCACUGUCUGGUACAAAUGUAACACUCACCUUUGCACGAGGCUUUGAGAUUGCAGUACUCUUGUCCUAUUCAUGGAGCUGCGCUAAUCCGAUCCUGUAUGCUUGUCUAUCAGAGACCUUCAGCAGGUACUUCCGCACUUUACUCUGCCCCUGCAUAAACCCUGUCAGGAUACACUGCAACAGAGACACAGAGGCCUAUGACCUGCAUCACACAAAUGGGCAGGAUGUAAGUGUGCUAACCUAAUUUCAAAAUAUUUAUUUCAGUGGGUUUGAAGAAACUGUAUAUUUUUCUUCAAUAACAAUUAACUUCAAUAACUUUCAAAUGUUCCUUGCUUGAUUUUGAUACUAGAUAAUCUUUAUCUAUUAUGCCAAUUUCCAACUAUCCAGUUGUAUUUGCAUUUAAAUCACUUCAAAAUACAAUAUUGUAACAGACUGAAAGUUCUGACAUGUGGGGAACAAAGAAAACUAGCUAGCUUCUUGGAGAGCACAAUAACUUCCAGCUGGGAUACAAAUGACAGAGUUGACAGGAUGUUUGCUUUGUGCCUCUCUCCUGGGGUGCAAUGUGAUGUUGAGGAUUAUGUAAUUCAUUUGCCCUUUUAAUGUGCCCUGACCCCAUAUAUGAGUGCUUCCCAUCCAACUGUGAAAAUUAGGAUGAUGUCACUGUUGCCAUGGCACUCAAAAGGGAAUGGACACUACAAGAAUGUUUAUUACUACAUUUGACAUGAAUGAAUAAUGUGAAACAUAAGGAAUUCAUUUAGAGGCUGUUAAUGGAUUAGAUGUCCUGAGGAACACUGACAUGGUUCAUUUUGUUAUGCUAUGGUAGAUUACUUCAAAUUUUCUACACAGGGUAUGACUUCAUAUUGGGGACUCUACUUUAAUUUUUCAUUGUUUGGAGAGGAAACAUGAUUUACAUUAUUCUUUUCUCUGUUUUUGUAGUACAUGUUCUGCCUUUCAGUGUAUUUGUCUUUUGUGUGUUAUUUUAAAGCAAAAUGUAUUUAUACCUUGGAAACAA